AUGUUAAAAUUAAUAUUUUAUAAAUGUUGUAUCUUGCUUUCUUAUUUUUUUUUCCAGGUGGGUAUUCUUUUAUUUGCAGUGGCUGUUGUCGCUGACAAAAAGGAAAAUGUCGAAAAAACAAAACCUCAAAUCGAACCCAAACAAGGCAAGGAGGAGACCAAGGAGCCGACGAAGAGGGGUCUAGAACAGUUGACUGGUGUCAUACCGGCGAAACCGAUUGCUCUGGUCAGUUACCCAUCUGCCCUUGGGCAGAAGCUACAACUGGGCACUGCAUGGGCUCCAAUCGUAGCAGCAGAAACCACCCACAGCCCUGAAAUAUCCAAACUCAUCAUUGGUGGACUCAACGAGAUCAAAGGAUCAACUUUGGGAACCAAUCCUCUUCUUGGUAGGUACCGCGUAGUAGAAGGUCGUGGAGAAGGAAAGCCUGGAGCAGGUGUUACAGCACACGGAGGGACUCCUUGGCACGGUUUGGUGAAACCUGGCCUGGGAGCGUAUGCUAGCCACGGCUUCGGUGGACAAGCUGGUACAACAGGACAUGGAUGGACAUUCGGCGGUACAGGGGCCGGAGCAGAACAUGGAGGCAGUGCUGGGCAUGGGUCACAUGGAGGAUUUGGAGGAACAGCUCAUGGUCUUUCCAGUGGAUGGCCUAGUCUGGGCAGCAGUCAUGCCAGCAAUUUAUUAUUAGGAGGACAUGGGGGUGGUUCACAUGGAGGAAAUGGUCAUAAUUCUGUCCAUGGUAUAGGUACGGAAGCUGGACACACAGGAGGACAUUCUAGUACCAGUGGGCAUGCUGGGCAUGGGUCAGGAGGACACGGAGUGUCCGGACUAGGUGGAUAUGGACUGGGUCAUGGAGGUGCUGCAGGGCAUACAGGAGGAAAUCAUGGAGCAACGGGUCAUGGUGGACAUGGAGCAGCGGGUCAUGGUGGACAUGGAGCAACAGGUCAUGGUGGACAUGGAGCAGCGGGUCAUGGUGGACAUGGAGCAACGGGUCAUGGUGGACAUGGAGCAACGGGUCAUGGUGGACAUGGAGCAACGGGUCAUGGUGGACAUGGAGCAACGGGUCACGGUGGACAUGGAGCAACGGGUCAUGGUGGACAUGGAGCAACGGGUCAUGGUGGCCAUGGAGCAACGGGUCAUGGUGGACAUGGAGCAACGGGUAAUGGUGGACAUGGAGCAACGGGUCACGGUGGACAUGGAGCAACGGGUCAUGGUGGACAUGGAGCAACGGGUCAUGGUGGACAUGGAGCAACGGGUCAUGGUGGACAUGGUUCUGGAGGCCAUGGUGGUAUUGGAGUGACUGGACAUGGAGGAGAAGCUGGUCAUGGAGGACAUGGUUCUGGUAGUUAUGGUGGUACAGGCCAUAGUGGGCACGGAAAAGGACAUGGCGGAAUUACCGGUACCGGAGGACACGGAAAAGGUCACGGAGGAAUCACAGCUGUCGGAUCACACGGAAAAGAUCACGGAGGAACUGUCGGUACCGGAGGACAUGGAAAAGGACACGGAGGUAUAUCUGGACAUGGAUCUCAUGGAAAAGGUCAUGGAGAGGGUUCUGGUCCAGGAGCAAACGGAAAAGGACAUGGUGAGGUUUCUGGCCACGGAGGACACGGUGGAGUAGGCGGCCAUGGUCCACACGGAUCAAGUUAUGGGGGAUAUGGAUCAGGUCAUGGAAUAGAUUCAGGUCAUAGUGUGCACGGAACUGGUCAUGGAGUAGUUUCUGGUCAUUCCGGGCAUGGUGGUCAUGGAUCUGGUCACGGAGUAGUGUCUGGCCAUGGUGGGCACGCAUCUGGUCAUGGAGGAGCCUCUGGACAUGGUGGCCAUGGAUCAGGCCACGCAGGUGCUUCUGGGUACGGUGGUCACGGGGCUUCAGGUCAAAAGGUGCAUGGAUCAGGUCAUGAAGAACUUUCUGGCCACAGUGGACAUGGGUCAAGUCAUGGAGCUAUAUCUGGUCAUGGUGGACAUGGUUCAAUUCACGGAGGAUCUCUUGGUCAUGGAGGACUUGGAUUAGGUCACGGUGGACAUGGCUCAAGUCAUGGAGGAGCUGCAGGUCAUGGGGGGCAUGGGAAGGGCUACGGAGGUUCUACCGGUCUUGGUGAGCUUGGAAAGGGCUACGGAGGAUCUACUAGUCUCAGUGGGCACGGAACAGGUCAUGGAAGUGCAGGCCAUGAAGGAACAAGUAGUCAUGGCGGGAAAGGGCAUGAAGGUCAUGAAUCAAAAGGUCACGGAUCAGGUGGACACUUGGGUGCAGGUGGUAAAGGACAUGGAACUACAGGUAAUGGUGUACUUGGAUUAGGACAUGGUGGAGGAGUGCAUAGUGGUUACGGGUUGGGAAGCCAUGGGAUGAUCGGUCACAAUCUUCAUGGAUUCGGACUUGGUAGUACAGGAGGUAAAGGAGUACUCGGUGGUCAUGGCCAUGCAGGAAGUCUUGGAAAAGGACAUGGAGGAUCAGAGCAUGGAGAGUUUGGAUCAUCUUUUGGCUAUGGUGGAUUCAGUGGUUUUGGCCAUGGCUUUGGUGGCCAUAGUUUAGGUACUGGGCUUGGAGGAAUGUCAUUCAGUGGUCUUGGGUUAGGUAAUUCGGGUCAUGGAGGGCACAGUUUAGGAUCUAGUUUGGGAAUAACUGGGCAUGGUGGAGGUAAAGGGUCAGGUCAUGGAGGGCACAGUGGAUCUAGCCUAGGAACAACAGGACAUGGUGCUGGUAAAGGGUCAAGUCAUGGAGUACAUAGUGGAUCUAGUCUAGGAACAACUGGACAUGGUGGAGGUAAAGGGUCAAGUCAUGGUGUGCACAGUGGAUUUAGUCUGGGAUUAACAGGACAUGGUGGAGGUAAAGAGUUAAGUCAUGGAGGCCACAGCAGACCUAGUUUGGGAUCAUCUGGACAUAGUGGUAAAGGAUCAAGUCAUGGUGGUCACAGUGGAUCUGGUUUGGGAACAACUGGAUAUGGUGGUGGAAAAGGGUCAAGCCACAGUGGAAUGAGUAUUCAUAAAUUAACUGGGCUUGGAUUAAGUGGUCAUGGAUCAACUUUACAGGGAGCGACAGGUCAUGGAGGAACUAGUCAUGGAUUGGGAGGAUCAGGAAAAGGUGGCCAUGGUAAAGGUAGUCAUAAUUCCUUUGGACUUGGAAGUGGAGGUCAUGGCCAUAGUGGACAUAGUGGUAAAGCUACAUCCUAUCAAAGUUUUGUUCUCCACAGCUAUAACCCAGUGCCAGUAUACAUCAAGUACAAUGGAAAAGAGGAAACUAAUGAACAUCAUGAGGAAAUAAAGAGUGAUGAUAAUGAUAUUGAUGAUGUCAAAUUUGAUGACCUGAAACUUUAAAAGACAUUCUUAGUGAACUGUUAGAUUGUUCACCUUAUUUAACCGUUACCUGGUAAAUGUAUAUUAAACAAUGGUGCUAGUCCAAUUACCAUCGAUGUCAGCUCAAAAGUGAUUGUUUUUUUAUAUUUUUGUAUAAAUACAUUAGUUUUUUUAUUUGUUUAA